AUGGCGGUUCUUCGAGUGCCUGCAGCACUCCCGCACCAAGUAGCUUUUAUGACUACCACACAACUCUAUGCUCUACGACCUCGCGCCUUUCAUUGCAUCCCAGUAAAGGCUGCCAUAGCCCACCCUGUCACUGCACAAGGUCCACCUCCUAAGGCUCCUUCAGCCGCACAAGAGUUUGGUGACAGCAUAGAACAGCGGAGAAAACAAGUGAGUGGGCCAGAGUCGCGCCCUGUGAGUCCACCAGCUCCACUCAGAAAACGGUUCUGGAAGAAUGUGAAUGUUGAGAAGAAGCCGGAAGGGCAAUAUAAUGUUCUCCUGGAUACCCGGCCCGUCCGAGCACCCUCUAAAGAUAUUCUUUCCAUUCCACCAACAAAACCUCACCUUGCACAUGCAAUUGCCUUGGAGUGGGAUGUUAUGACCACUGCUCAGCAGGCCCUUAAAACCCAUUUAAUCCCACUAACCUCUCUCGCCGCACGAGCAGCGGAUAUUGUUCGCGAAGAUGAACAGGGCAAGACUACCAUAAGAGAUCAAAUAGUAGCUACGUCAAUGCGCUAUCUAGAUACAGAUACCCUGCUUUGUUGGGUACCCGAGCAACCUGCCUUUACUGCUGAAGAAAUCCGCGAAAAUGGCGAGCGACCGGAAAGCCUUCGAGGGGCUCAGAUGAGAAUAGCAGAAGAUACUAUUACGUUUUUGGGCACAAGAGUCUGGCCAGGUAUUGAAAUCAGACCCAUUUUAGACAACGACAGCAUUUUACCUGUAUCCCAGCCUCAGGCUACGAAUGAUACUAUUCGGAUCUGGGUUUCGAAUCUGCAACCUUAUGACCUGGCCGCUCUUGAAAGGGGAAUACUCGCUUCAAAGAGCUUGUUGGUCGCUGUCAGGUUGGUUGCUGAAUGGAGCGAAAACUUCCGUCCUAUUCAACAACCGAGCUCAAAGAAAUUCGGGAUCGAAGAGGCAGCAGAAGCUUCUAGCCUAGAAGUGAACUGGCAGACAGAAAUGUGGGGUGAAGUUGAAGACUCUCAUGAUGUCGAUAAGGAGGAUUUGAGGCGACAGCUUGGUAGCGUUAUUGUUGUGGUGAGUGGCGACGCAAAAGAUCCCGCUAACUAG